AUGGAUCUCGCACCGCUCUUUUCUCCAUUCACGAGUCCCGACUCGCUGCGUCAGACGCUGCGUCGGCACGUGUGUCACGCUCCGUGGCGCUACAAGGACACGCCUCGGCAGUGGGGAAGUUGGGUGCGCGGCAAUCUCAGCCUCGUCUUCGAAGAGGCACGCAGGAAGGGAAGUUACACCGUCGCACGGGCCGCGGUGGAAGUGGUACUGGAAAUGCAGGUGGAACAGCAACGAAAACAACAGCAGCAGUUCUUAAUGGAGCCGGCGUGGGUCAAAAACGCCCUCGCCGCGUCCCGUACCCCUGAGGAGUUGCGGGAGAUGGAGCUCUUGUUCCUGCAGCAGCGCCGUCUUGCUGGUGGCAUGGAAACGGAGCGACAGCUCUUCCCAUCCUCUACAGAGGCCGAUGGAAACGCAUUGCCGCCAGCGUUGAUGGACAGCGUCAACACCGGCGAUGCCCUUGAGAGAGGCGGAGCUCUCAACAGCUCUCUUCUCGCUGCUGGCUACACAGGGGCGGCGCUCUCAGAGUUGCGCCACCGCCGGGAUCAUGCGGUGACUGCUCCCAAUGCGUCCUUCUCUCGAUACUUCAUGCGCCAAGGACUUGUGGCCGAUGAAGUGGAGCUGAUGCAGCUCUUCAACGCCAUGCGUGGUCGUCAGCCGGCGACAUUCCGUGUCCACACCUCUCAAAUGUACGGGCAAGCGGUAAUGGAGCUUCUGCGUGGGCGGCCAGGCAUUGAGCCACUCUUGUGGCUCCCGCCCAUGUGUGGUGCCUUCACCAUGCUGGAUGCACCCGACACACCGCACAGUGUGCUUCUUGCCAACCGUCAGCUGCUGCGCGCGCUGGCAAACGAACGACUUAUUUCGUUUCAAUCUACAUCAAGCAUGCUUCCGGUGCUGUUGCUUGACCCGCAGCCGGGCGAGGCGGUGUUGGACAUGUGUGCAUCCCCAGGAAGCAAGACGUCCUUAAUCCUUGACUACAUGUCCGAUGCUUCACGAGAGUCAACAUGUGCGGCAUUGGGUAGCUGCGUUGUGGCAAACGACGCCGUUUCCGCUCGUUGCCGCCCGCUGGCGCAGCGGCUGCAGAGUGUCUACCCGGGCGUGGCUGUGACGCAGCUGCAAGGGCAGGCCUUUCCGGUGCAGCCCGUCUCCGCCGGCGGGGUGCGUUACGACAAGGUGCUGGUGGACGCACCGUGCUCCGGCGAGGCCCGCAUGCGCCGCGACGCGGUGUCAUGGCGGCUGUGGCACCCGCUGAGGGCGCACGAUUUCGUCCCCGCGCAGGUCGCGCUGCUGCGACGCGCGGUGGAGUUGUGUGCUGCGGGCGGGCGCAUCGUGUACUCGACAUGCACGCUGAACCCGCUGGAGAAUGAGGCGGUUGUGGCGACCGUGCUCGCAGAUGGUGGUGUGGAGCUGGAGCGGCCGCCACGUGCUGUUGCGCAGAGCAGUGCGUGGAGUUUCAGCCGCGGUCUUCGACGGUGGCUCGUGCCGUCACGCGCGGGUGGAUUCCUGCACUCCUUCGCGGAGGCGCAGGCGAAGGGUGAGGCCGCAGCGGCGGAGCUGUUCCCCCUUGAGGGGUGCGAGGCGAUUCAAGCAGCGCUGGAGUCCUGCUGUCUGCGUGUGCUGCCGCACCGCAACGGCGGUGCCGAAGGCUUCUUCCUCGCUACACUGCGGAAGAAAAGCCACACGGCACCACUCCUCCCCUCUUCCCCAAGACGGGCUGAGGCCAACAACAACAACACCAGCAGUAGCAUCGGCAACAAUAAUCACACCAUAACUGCGACAACAUCCAACUCAGCACUCGUGGUGGAUUCGAUUCUGCAUGCUCGCGGUGUUGUGCGGCUUGCGGCAGGGAAUAUGCUGGUGCAACGCCACCUCAGUUGUUUUUUCAAUGAUAAUGCGGUACAAGUGGAGAGGUUUUUGACGAAACAUAAUCUCUGCGUCGCGUGGCACGAGGGCCAAGGCCUGUUGCUUGUGUCGAAGAGCACAUGGGAUCAUCUAAAGGUCAUUCCUCCUUCCCCUGCCCCCUCCGCCUUACUCGAACUCGGCGUUGUGGUCACUGAUGCAGCAACAGGCAGGCUGACGGAGAGCGGCGCAUUCCAUCUACGGCCACAUGCAACGUCGCGGGUACUACAGCUCCCACUCCCCGAGCUGCAGUGGCUGCUGUCUCAUCACGUUCUGAAGAUCAAAGAGCUGCAGGAGGACCCAACGGUGCUGGCGCGGCGGAUUGUGGCGAGCAUGGAGCCCGCACAUCUUGGCGCUGAAAUAGAACAGCGCAAAACACCACUGCCGUGGGUGGCGCAUGUCCUCGAGGCUGUUGCUGAGCGGGAGGGAAACUUUAUCGUCAGUUGCCUAUCCUCUUCGACGGGCACACGUAGCCACAACAUCGGCGCCAACGCUGACAACAAUGAGUUGGCAUCAAUCAGCAUUCCUGUGCUGGUGCGGCGAUCGUUGGAGGUAGAGCUGCAUCUUUCCCUCUCGCACGAUGCCCGCCAGCGGUGCAUGGCAGUUAUAGGGCGUUUGAUGUCUCACGCAAAGCGGGCUGACGCGCCGAUGGUGGAGAAGCAGCGCAUGCAGGUGGGGGCGCGGUACAAUGUGAGCGCGAUCAUGACCAGCAAAGGCUUGGAGGGGCGGCGGCUGACGCCGCAGCAGCAGCACCGUAAAUUGUUUUCUUCCCCGCCGUCAAAGGUGCCGGUGGAGACGAACACCACCACGAAUCACGGAAGGCAGCAGAAGCAAGAGAAACGACAUUUCUUCGAGAUUUAA